AUGGCGGCAGAUAAUCGGUUUCUUACUCAGUUCGUCAAGGAGACAACGUUUUACAACCGUAUCAUCCUGAGUCACCUUGUAACGGCGAAUCUGUGGGAGCCUUUACCACAUUUCCUCCAGACAUGGCUCCGGAAUUCCUCGCCGGAAACUUACUUUACUUCAUCUCAGGCUUCCUCUGGUGCUUCUACAUCUAUUACAUUAAGCUCAACGUUUACAUCCCCAAAGCAAAUACAUGUGGCGAUGAAGGCUAUGCCUUGGUACACACUUCUUCCAACUGUCUCUGAGUAUAUGAUCGAGCGUGGUUGGACCAAAUGUUACUCUACACUUGACCAUUUCAACUGGUUCCUCUCUUUGGUUUACAUCGCACUCUAUCUUGUUUUGGUUGAGUUUAUGAUUUAUUGGGUUCACAAAGAGCUUCAUGACAUUAAAUUUCUCUAUAAGCAUCUCCAUGCCACUCAUCACAUGUACAACAAACAAAACACACUCUCUCCAUUUGCUGGGCUCGCGUUCUCACUUUUGUUUUUGGAAGGGAUAUGGACUGCGAGCAUCUAUGAUUGCAUCCAUGGUAACGUAUGGCCGAUAAUGGGUGCAGGAUACCAUACCAUACAUCAUACUACCUACAAGCAUAACUAUGGUCAUUAUACCAUUUGGAUGGAUUGGUUAUUUGGCACCCUUGAGGUUCCUGUAGCCGAAGAUGACAGCUUGGAUGAAAAAACAAAGUGA